CACGAGUAGUAAGGCUCAACAGCAAACUUCUUCCGUUGCGUUGACCGUCCUUCAUUCGCUUUCAAUCUGACCUAUCGCGAUUUCACCACACUGCACCACAGCAUUUUUCAGACACGACUUCAGAAAGAAACCAUGGCAACCAACAUCACCUGGCACGCCGGCCUCACACGCAAGGAGCGCAGCGAGCUCCGUGGGCAAAAGGGCGCCACUAUCUGGUUCACUGGCCUGUCAGCUUCAGGCAAAUCGACCAUUGCAGAGGCUCUCGAGCAACAUUUGCUCAAGCAGGGUCUCCAGACCUACCGACUCGACGGCGACAAUGUGCGCUUCGGAUUGAACAAAGAUUUGGGCUUCUCGCCGCAGGACCGCGUAGAAAACAUUCGCCGUAUCGCAGAGGUCGCAAAACUCUUCGCCGACUCGACAACUCUCGCUCUCACCUCUUUCAUCUCGCCAUACGCAGCCGACCGCCAACUCGCCCGCGACCUCCACGCCUCGACCAAAAACGUCGACACCCCUCUCCCCUUCAUCGAGGUUCAUGUAGACAUCUCCGUCGAGAACGCGGAAAAGCGCGAUCCCAAGGGGCUGUACAAAAAGGCUCGAGCUGGGGAAAUCAAGGAAUUCACUGGUGUUUCUGCGCCUUAUGAAAAGCCGGAGAAACCAGAGAUUUACAUCGACUCAGUGAACACAAGCGUGGAAGCUGCUGUUGUGCAGAUUACAGAGUAUUUGCAGAAAGAGGGAUUGGUGCCUGCUACGAAGGCGUAGAUGGAUUACGAGAGGGUACGAAGUCAUGAGGGGCUAGUCAUAGAUGUGCAUCUUGAGAGGGCAGAGAAAAGAUACAGGUCAAAAAUUGCAGCUGCACAGUGUGCUGUAUUAGAAGAUGGUCUAUACUGAACAUGAAACAAUG